CAGCCUUGGAGUUCGAACCACUUUCUGCGCCUACCCGCUGAGCAAGUAUCUUGAUUGGUGUGGCUAUCUCCGAGCGGUUAUUGUUAGGAAGUAGCCUGUAGAUUAGAUUUUACUCACACAUUCAACUCAAUACCGCCGUAGGAAUGUGAUGGAUUAGAAAAAUAUGUGCCUUGGUUGUCAACAUGUUCCCCGGCGUUUUCUAUGCGCUCCUGGCGGGGUUUCUCGGGGCUGUCGCAUCUUCAUCAGCAAAGCUGUCACUUGGAGCCGAUUACCUGAAAGGUGUAUGUGAAACGGGGCUACGAACAUGGGGAGAGCAGCGGAAAUUUAGACAACCGGAUGAAACUACCGCGUGUGACUGGUUACACAUCCCCCUGAGGCUGCUUUGUGGGGGGCUGCUCUUCACUUGUAAUGCUGUGAUGUGGACAUUCCUCGCUAAGGCUCUCAGGUACUCUUCCUCCUCCACCCGAACCACUGUGACCACCACCGCUUCCAACUUCAUAUCUUCCGCCUUUUUGGGGCAGCUUAUCUUCGGGGAGGCCCAGAUUGCAUUGUGGUGGGUGGGAAUCUCCCUCACGUUCUCUGGCCUCCUGGUACUUCAGAGGGCUGCCCCCAACGACCGAGCCAGGAAGGACGAAUGACAACCUGUCGGAAGGCACAACUAAUUAACUGAUAUAGAAAGAAACCAGUAAUGCAACGUAUAGCCUACUAUCUGUGACAAACAAUAGCAUUUAUUGGGUAAAUGGCAACUUUGGAAGGUAAAGCACUGUCAAAACAUACCAUGUAAGGAAUAUACAGUGAUUUUUGUUUUGUUUUAAACACUUUGACAUCAUCAGCAAUGUGUGCAUGACGUCAAUACUUGAGAACACAAAAGCUGUUUUGCUCACAUAUCCUAAGAUGACACACACUGUAAACUUCCACACCAAUAUUGCAUUAUUGCAUGUUCAAGGUGAUGUGUGAAUGGAAUCGUGUAUAUAGCCUCAUAUCUUGAGGACUUUUGUGAAUUCUGAGGAGGUUUGGCCUUGCCUGCCUUUAUAGCAAAUGUCUAAUAGAAUGUUCCUCACAAGGUCUAAACCCAAUUUAGUCAAACCAAAGUACCCAAAUAUGUUGAUCCUGCCUUUUACCCACUAACCACAGCAGUGGCUCUGUCAAUGCAUUGUGAAGUCAAACUGCUAAGUGUAAAUUGUAAAUGUCGAGAUGAGACAAACUCCAAUGAAUGGAAAGGAUAGGCACAGUCUAAUUUAUUCUUCUUUAGAGGGUGCAUGUCUUUCCAAUUCAUUUGGAGUUGAGGCACAGAGCUGGAUCUACACAUCAGACAGUCUGGACCUCUUGACAUUAGCCCACAUCUGACCUCAACUAAAAUUUUGGAGUGAACUAUCCCUUAUUCCCUUUGGCAGAAGAGACUCAUUUAAUUCUGACCUAAUGGGGUGUCUAAACAACAGUUACUCCAAUGUCUGGCCUUUUAAUUGAGUGUCGCCAGCUGUUUGUCUUCCAGCUGUAGGUCUCUCUCAUCAACAAUGUCUAUCCUAGUUUUCCAAUGCAAUUAAAAUCCGUUUGAGGUUAUCCUUGGGGUAAGGGAGGCAUCCGGUAGCACAGUCCCUCCCUCUGCAUCUUCCAAGACUUCCAAAAGGUCAAGUGUUGCUGUGGGGUUUCUAACCCAACUACUGAAAGUAGUGUUUAUUACGAGCAUGCUUGUCCUCCAACGGUGUACUUCCCUGAUAUUCCUUAACACUGUGAUGUGCUAUUGUGGAAAUGGGCUUUUUGCGUAAUACUGACAACGUUACCAUAGACGGGAGUUUGACUUGACAACUUUACUAUACGAUCACACUUUUCUGUUGUAUCAUAUGCAUGCAACAACCAACGGUAGCUACCUGUAUUCUGACUGUAUCUAUUAGACAAUGAUAUGUCUGUAUAAAUGCAGAGGAAUGCACACUAUGAAAUCAGUUCUCCAUCCAGUUGCAGUACAUUACAGACUGCAGGUUUUGUAUGUAAUGUACUUCCCUGGCAAUGUGACUAUCUAUGCUAUUGAAUCAGGAUGGGAGACAUUGGUGCUGACAUUUCCCCUGUGUUCUUCAGUCUAAACUGAGGAUAAACAUUUACCUGUGAAGCCACUGUCACUAAGGGCAAGAGAAAUCAAUGCAUUAGUGCAGUGGUUUCAUGAAAUGUUUGAUUUAUAGCCAGCACCUGAAUGGGACAUGUUUGUUGUAACCAUUAUACCGUAGAUAUGGAUAUCAUGUUAUGAACUGUAGAUAUUAGUUUGGGAGUUGCAUAUGACUGACCUGUUAAGAUGUGUGUUCCAGAUUAGUGCAGCACUGGGGCCCUACUAUGGGGAUAAGGAAAGGCAAUGUAUUAUAAACAAAAAUGCAUUAUUAAAAGAGUCCUUACUUGGACAAGACAC